GAAAGACAGGCUUGUGGAUUGUGUGGGACUCUGGGUCCUGAUUCAAUUGACAUGGUUCCUGUUUUCUGUCCCUUUCCUUCAUCAAACCGGGUCACGGUUUGGCGAGGCAGGCCGCGGCUCAGAUUGGAGGGUGUCCCACCAAAACUCGCAUGUCCCACUUCUUCUUUCUUCUUCCAUCCCCGCCAACCACACACAUCACCUUUUUUCCUACUGAAGUAGGAAGUUAAGAUUGACGCACUAGGUGUGGCUUAGGUGAAGACAGGGGCAUCUUGAAUCAUUGGUUUCCCUCCGGCGCUGAGGAUUAGAACCAUGGCGGAGCUGGAACCCCUAGUACACGUGGAAAUGGUUUCCUUGGCAGAUGUGGAAACCUCAGGAGUUAGUUUUGUUCCUGAAUUUAGCUACUAAUUCCUUACGGGAGUCAUACCCUGCUGUGCCCCCCAUCUGGUCGGUGGAGUCUGAUGACCCAAACUUGGCUGCUGUCUUGGAGAGGCUGGUGGACAUAAAGAAGGGGAAUACUCUGCUAUUGCAGCAUCUGAAGAGGAUCAUCUCCGACCUGUGUAAACUCUAUAACCUCCCUCAGCAUCCAGAUGUGGAGAUGCUGGAUCAGCCCUUGCCCGCAGACCAGUGCACACAGGAAGACGUGUCUUCGGAAGAUGAAGAUGAGGAGAUGCCUGAGGACACAGAAGACCUAGAUCACUAUGAAAUGAAAGAGGAAGAGCCAGCUGAGGGCAAGAAAUCGGAAGAUGAUGGCAUCGGAAAAGAAAACUUGGCUAUCCUAGAGAAAAUUAAAAAGAACCAGAGGCAAGAUUACUUAAAUGGGGCAGUAUCUGGCUCGGUGCAGGCCACUGACCGGCUGAUGAAGGAGCUCAGGGAUAUAUACCGAUCACAGAGUUUCAAAGGUGGAAACUAUGCAGUCGAACUGGUGAAUGACAGUCUUUAUGAUUGGAAUGUCAAACUCCUCAAAGUUGACCAGGACAGCGCUUUGCACAACGAUCUCCAGAUCCUCAAAGAGAAAGAAGGUGCAGACUUCAUCCUACUUAACUUUUCCUUUAAAGAUAACUUUCCAUUUGACCCACCGUUUGUCAGGGUUGUGUCUCCAGUCCUUUCAGGAGGGUAUGUGCUGGGUGGAGGUGCCAUCUGCAUGGAACUUCUCACCAAGCAGGGCUGGAGCAGUGCCUACUCGAUAGAGUCCGUGAUCAUGCAGAUCAGUGCCACACUGGUGAAGGGGAAAGCACGAGUGCAGUUUGGAGCCAACAAAUCUCAAUACAGUCUGACAAGAGCACAGCAGUCCUACAAGUCCUUGGUGCAGAUCCACGAAAAAAACGGCUGGUACACACCCCCAAAGGAAGAUGGCUAACCCUGGAGCGCCGUCCCCCUCCUCCUUCCCCAGGCACCACUGGACCAAUUACCUUUGAAUGCUGUAUUUGGAUCUCACGCUGCCUCUGUGGUUCCCUCCCUCAUUUUUCCUGGACGUGAUAGCUCUGCCUAUUGCAGGACAAUGAUGGCUAUUCUAAACGCUAAGGAAAAAAACAAACACCGAACUGUUUCAAGUACUCAAGACUGACUUACAGACCAACCAACCACCUGGCUGGAACCCUUGCUAGCAGGCAUUCUUAUAAAAGAAACUUUUGAGCCUCCUUAUAUUGCUGGAAACUCAGCUGUGCUCCAGACUAGAGCCUCCUUACCUAUGCUAUGGAUUUUUAAUUUAUUUUCUCUUAUUUCAUGUACACUGCUUUUUUUGGUUACAGUGUAUGAUGGAUGUGUAUGAAAAAAUGUAUCUUUGGGAAAACAAUUACAGUUUGUUAAUUUGAA